AGGUAAAUGAUCCCGAUGCGGAGCUGUGGAUGGCGGUAUACAUAAUACCUGCAGCACUGACCCUUCUCGUCGCCUUGAACCCUCUUGUGACAGGUAACUUUGUUUGGAAGAGCGUCUCUGCAGUACACUUAUCAGUGUGUGUUGUGUGGGCUCUCGGCUUGGGAUACUACCUCUCGCUUCAUAGCCAACAGAGCAUCUUACACGAGGAAGAAGGCAGAGAGCUGUCUGGCCUGGCGAUUAUAGCGGCCUGGAUAAUCCUAUGUCACGGUUCAUCAAAGUAA